AUGUCCCACUGGGCCCCAGAGUGGAAGAGGGCGGAGGCUAAUCCAAGAGACCUUGGGGCCAGCUGGGAUGCCAGGGGCAGCAGAGGCAGUGGCUGGAGUGGCCCCUUCGGCCAUCAGGGACCGAGAGCGGCAGGCUCCCGUGAACCACCACUCUGCUUUAAAAUAAAGAAUAUGGUUGGUGCGGUCAUUGGUCACAGUGGAUCAAAAAUAAAAUAUCUACAACAUUCGACAAACACUAAAAUAUAGAUCAUAAAAGGGGAAUCUGAAGCAAAAGUCAGAAUUUUUGGCAAUAGGGAAAUGAAAGCAAAGGCCAAAGCGGCUACAGAAACACUUACUAGAAAACAAGAAAGCUACAACUCAGAAUCCAGUGUGGAUAAUGCUGCAUCCCAAUCCCCUAUUGGAAGAAAUCUAGGCAGAAAUGACGUUGUUGGAGAAGCUCAGCCAUUGUCAAAUUGGGAUCGCAUUAGGGCAGCAGUCGUGGAGUACGAAAAGAGAAAACGGGCAGAUUUACCACCAGUUAAGAAAAACUUUUACAUAGAAUCCAAAGCAACAAGCUGCAUGUCUGAAAUGCAGGUGAUUAACUGGAGAAAGGAAAAUUUCAACAUAAUGUGUGAUGACUUGAAAAGUGGUGAAAAGCGUCUCAUCCCAAAACCAACUUGUAGGUUUAAAGACGCUUUUCAGCAAUACCCUGAUUUUCUGAAAAGCAUAACAAGGGUAGGGAUUGUAAAGCCAACGCCAAUUCAGUCACAGGCAUGGCCAAUUAUUCUACAAGGAAUAGAUCUUAUAGAAGUUGCACAAACCGGAACAGGGAAAACACUGUCCUAUUUAAUGCCUGGGUUUAUUCCUCUUGAUUCUCAACCAAUAUCUAGAGAGCAAAGGAAUGGGCCUGGGAUGCUAGUCCUUACACCCACUAGAGAGUUGGCUCUUCAGGUGGAAGCUGAAUGUUCAAAGUAUUCAUAUAAAGGUCUCAAAAGCAUUUGCAUAUAUGGUGGUAGAAAUAGAAUUGGAUAAAUAGAAGAUAUUAGCAAAGGUAUAGAUAUCAUUAUUGCAACUCCUGGGAGGCUGAAUGACCUACAAAUGAAUAAUUCUGUCAACCUAAGAAGCAUAACCUACUUGGUUAUAGAUGAGGCAGAUAAAAUGCUGGAUAUGGAAUUUGAACCCCAGAUAAUGAAGAUUUUAUUAGAUGUGCGCCCAGACCGACAGACUGUUAUGACAAGUGCAACUUGGCCAGAUACUGUACGUCAACUAGCACUUUCUUAUUUGAAAGAUCCUAUGAUUGUUUAUGUUGGUAAUCUGAAUCUAGUUGCUGUAAAUACAGUGAAGCAAAAUAUAAUUGUUACCACAGAAAAAGAAAAACGAGCUCUCACCCAAGAAUUCGUAGAGAACAUGUCACCCAAUGACAAAGUCAUCAUGUUUGUCAGCCAAAAACAUGUUGCUGAUGACUUGUCAAGCGACUUCAAUAUCCAAGGCAUAUCUGUAGAAUCAUCACAUGGCAACAGUGAACAGAGUGAUCAAGAGCGAGCAUUAGAGGACUUUAAAAGUGGAAACAUAAAGAUACUGAUUGCAACUGAUUUAGUAUCCCGAGGUCUUGAUCUUAAUGAUGUCACACAUGUAUAUAAUUACGAUUUCCCAAGGAAUAUUGAAGUAUAUGUACACAGAGUAGGGUACAUUGGAUGGGCAGGAAAGACUGGCACAUCAGUUACCCUCAUCACAGAUUCGAAAAUGGCCGGUGAAUUGAUUAAAAUUCUGGACAGAGCAAAUCAGAGUGUUCCGGAAGAUCUUGUAGUAAUAGCUGAGCAAUACAAGUUAAAUCAACAAAAGAGGGACACAGAAACACAAUGAAGAAAACCUCAACAAAGAUGCAAGGAGUUUUAUUGUUAA